UUAAAGUAAAGUUAACUGAAUUAGAAACGCUGGUGGGGCAAGUGCAUGGUAGCAGCAAUGAAAUCGAUGUGAACAAACUGUGCCUCGAGUAGUUGCACUGCCAAUCAGAACUCUGCUCCCAAUCAGAGGAAAAGAGAGAGAGAAGCGCGAGAGAAAAAGGCAUACGGGUGCAAAAGGAAAAGCAAGAGGCAGAAAAAAAGUACAGAGCAAUAGCAAAAGCAGGGGAAAAUGCAAUAGGGAGAAAAUCAAAUAAAAUGACAAUCGUUUUUCCACACUAACGUAGACGCAAAAGGCGCCGCGGCCGGCCGUAAAAUGCCAAGAAACACUUGCGGGCCAAGUGGAUGCGUAGCUAACGGUAACGGCAACGACAACGAUGACAACAAUGGUAACGGUAACGGUAACCAGGACGACAACCAGGAUGCGAGCAACGAGUGCGGGGGUGUCGGCAUCGUCAAACAGGAGUUCGAGGCAGCGCCACCUGUCUGCCACAGGAAGUCGGAGCGCCGAAGAGUAGCCCGCGAUAUCUUCCUGGUCUUUGAGGAGCAGCCGACCCGACGUCGUGGCAAGGGAGCGCGCGGCAAGAACUCGCGGGCCAAGCGAAAGUUUGGCCACCUCAAGGUAGCCAACACCCCGCGCAUCAACAAGAACCUAUUGCGUGAGAUCAAAACAGAACCAAAGUGCAGCAGCAGCUCCGUUGUGGCAGAGCCAGUGGCACUGGUGCCACCUGCGGCGCCAUCUGCAGUGAAGCCAGCGCCGCCUUUUUCUCAGCAGCCCAAGCAGCCAGCAGCCAAGGAGCCAGCCAAGCCACUGCCGCUCUCCCGAGUGGCAGCAGUGAAAAUUGAAACCAAAACAGCACCAGCAUCAAAUGCAGCACCAUCUAGAGCCCGAACAGAGCCGGCUCCGCCUACGGAGCGGAGGGAGGAGGCGCAUCAUCAUUCAGCAUCAUCAUUGCCGCCAGCAUCUGGCCAUCGUCCCGUUUAUGCUCGAACCCCUGCUCCUGCAGCAGCUCCCGCUCCAGCUACGACUCCCGCUACUGUUUCUACUAAUCUUCCCACUCCCCCCACGACGCCCAGCGUCAAUCCCAUUUUCCUGUGGGUCAAGCAGGACGACACCAGAAUCGUUGAGGUGCGCUGCGAGGACUACGACAAGAGGAAUCGGAUCCGCCUCACCAAGACCACAAAUGGCUGGCGAUCCAUGCCGCGCACAGAUGCCUCCUCCACUAGGAUAGUCAAAUUCUUCCACGGCUCUGCCGCACCCUUGAUGAAGGUCAAACGUGAACAGCAACAUGAGCAGCAUCUCGAAAAUGAGCUGGUGCACGAGCAGGAACAUGGACAGGCGGAGCAAGAGCCAGAGCCAGAACUUGUGGAGGAGCAGCAGCAGCAGAUGCAGAUGCAGAUCCCCAAUGUAGCUCAGAGUCUCCUGCACGACUGGGAGGACAGUGGUGCCACUCAGCUGCCAGAGUUGGACGAUGAUGAACGGGAGGAGCUGGAGCAAGAGGAGGAGGUGCAGGACGACCAGGAGCAGCAUGACAAUCUGGCUGCGGUGAUUGAGAAUGUUGUGGUCCGACCAGCUGCCCAACAGCCGCAACCGCCAGCGACGCCCUCGUCCACGCCUACUGACUGCUUUGAUGGUCUGCUACUCGAUGGCGAGGACACAAAUGCCUCCACCAAGGCAACCAAGACCAACACGCCCACAUAUCAGAGUUCCACGCCCUCGCCCAUGGAACUGCAGCUGUGUCCCAAAACGGGGCUGUUCCUGCCCCAAGGGCAACUGGCGGCCGCGGCCGCGGCCAUGGCCAUGACCUCAGCCACAGCGGCGUCCAGCGAGGCCGACAAGUCCUUGGCCGAGAACGGAGGAGCCGAUACCGUCGAAAGUCUCGAUUGCAAUACAAAGAAUCUGAAAGAUCUCCUGGACGAUGCCGAUGAUCUGCUCCAGAACUGCAGCAGCGACAAUGGCAGCAGCGGGGCCGAUCUGCUCGACUCCCUGGUGAAGAGGAGCUGCGAGGACAACCUGGUUCAGGCGAGUGGUCCAGCCAAUGGUGCCUCAACAUCCGUGGAAGGCGACGUCACGGCGGCCGACGACGGUUUGGGCUCGUUCUGCGUGGCCGAUCUGGGCAAGGACCUGCCCAGCAUCCUACACAUGAACAACGACGAUGAUGAUGCACCCAAGUGCCUGUCGUUCAACGAGGCCGGGGAGAUCGAGGGACUGAACGGAGAACUCUUCCUUGGGAUUGCAGCCUUCGAGAAACAGCAGGAGGAGAUGGCACGCACGGAGCAGCCGCAACCGGCAACGCCUGCCACCGUGGAGCUGACACAGACGCCCACACCCACUCCCACACCGACGCCGACGCCACCGAUGCCGGAGAUGGAAAAACAAACAGCGGCCGCCGCCUCUGCCGAUGAGGCGCCCAAGGAUCUGAGCUACAAGAAGCGCGAGGAGGUGUGUCCGCCAUCGGAGUCGCGCAGUCAGUGCGCGGUGACCUCCAGCUCGGAUAUACUCAAGUCGCCCGAGCGGGUGCUGCAGCUGCCAGUCAACUCCAUCCCAGCGGAGGUGGAGACCACCUCGGAGACGAUAAAAAAUCUCAUUCUAGAGCAAUUCCUCAAGCUGAACGGCAACCAGCAACAGGCACAGCAGGCGGAGCCGAUGGAUCUGGGGAAGGCGGGUCGAGAAGGCAAGCUGGAGACAGUCGUCAUCCACGACGACGACGAGGAGGAUGGGGAGUCUAACCAGCCGCUGAAGAAGCGACCCAAGGCCAGCAUAAAGAUGGACAAGGACCCCGACGCCCUCACCCAGUUGAAGAUGCUGAUCAGCAAUCCGCAGUGGAAGGUGCCCGAUCCGAUACUCGUGCCAAAGGAUCGACUGGGAGCCGUGCUGGCCUCCCCGGCCCGAGAGAUUCCCCUGCUGCUGACCACCCGGCCAGAGCUGCGGCUGCCGGAGGCGUUUGCCUAUCCGGAGAUUAUCCAGAACCCCAACAUCCUGGUUGUAACCAUGGAGCAGCUGGAGGCUAUAUUGAAAACCGAGGCGGAACAGGCCAAGGCCGCCCAGGGUCCCAAUCCAGUGGAGAUGAUCGCAGAGCAUCAUCCUCCGUUGAGCAAGGCCAGGAGUCCAAGUCCGAGUCCGAGCCCCAAGCACACGCAGCCACACAAAGCACAGGCACAGGGACCUUUGCAUCAGCCUCAGCCUAAGCCACCGGUGGUGGCCGCUCCUGUAGCACCUACUCCUCCCUCAUCUGCUGACUCCAGCCUUUCGACGUCCACAUCUACGGACCUGAAUGCCACCACCUUGGCCUUGCUUCAGCAGAUGCUGUGGCUUCCCUACUUUGGCCAGCUGUCGCAGGAGCUUUUCAAGACGAUCAAGGAUCCCCUGGCCAUGCAGCGGAAGUUCAUGAGCAACCUGCUUCCGCUUUACAACAGCCAGUUUGGACUGCAGCACCUUGACGAGCUCUACAAGCACUGUCUCAAACAGAAGGCAGUGGGGGAGCAGCCGACUGUGUCUACUCCAGCGACGGUGCCCAAUCCUCCGCACCCGCCUGUAGCUGUAGCCCCGCCGGUUCCCCCCGCAGCUGCAUCCGCGAAUGCUUUUGGGGUCAAUGGGUUUGCCAAUCCUAUGGAGCUGGCCAUCAUGCAGAAGUUGCUGCAUCCGCAGAUGCCAAAUUUUCUCAACUGGGAGGCGGCUAAAGAUGCGUCUGUGUCUGGCUCUGGCUCGGCCCCAUCUUCUUCGCACCACCAUCAUCACCAGGAGCACAAGCGGCCCCGGCGGGAGCCCGAGUCCAAGCCAAGUGCAGCUGCUGCCGCUCCUCCUGCCGCUGUGCCUGCUCCAGCAGUGCCUUCUCCAGCCCCUGCUCCUGCAUCGGCUCCGGCUCCGGCGGAACACAAGCCACGACUGACGUGCAAAUCCCUUUCGAAUCUGCUGGAGCCUGAGCCCAUUGCACCGCUGCUCAAUGUACCCUUCGACACCCUGCGUCGCCCAACAGUAGCAGGGCAUGGUCCCAAAACGGGGCCGGAGCAGCAACAGCAGCAGGCCAAGGAGGCGAGCACUGGACGCUUGCUGCGCUCCAGCAAGGCCUGCGUUACUUACAAUCCCCUGGAGCAGGCCAAGCAGCAGAUUCAGCAGCAGCAGCAGCACUCGCAGCAGCAGCGGAAGCGUGCGACGAGUAGCAUGGUCGCCCAGGAUGCCCACCAGCAACACCAGCAACAGCAGCAGCAGCAACAACUAGCUGAGGCUGCCGCAGCGGCUGCCAGUGGGGGGGGAAUGGAUGCCAACUCGGCGCUUUGGCAUCCACUAUUCGGAAGCAAUCCAAAACAGGGUUACAACAGCCCCUGGCAGUGGACUACAGUGACGGCUACCGGCGAAUGACAGUCAAGCCGGGCUCCCAAGGAGCCAGCACCUGCAUCGGUCGCACGGACAGCCAGCUACG